AUGGUGAAUACACGUGUUUCAAACUCAAGAAAAAAUAGCCAUUAUAAUCCAUCAGUUACCAUAAUGGUAUCAGAACCAGUCGAACAUACAGAUAAACCAAAUCCUUCAGCAUCCCACCCUUCAUCACAUACUCGAUCUCAUAAAUCAAGUUCACCCGUACCAGAAGAUAAUGAUAGAAAGAAAACAGACACAGAAACAAGUUCAUCAUUUCGUCCAACUUCAUCAAUAACUCGAUCUCAUAAAUCAAGUUCACCUGCACCAGAAGUUCAUGAUAGAAAGAUUACAAAACAACACACAGAAACAAGUUCAACUAAAUCACAUCAUUCCACUACCAUAGCAACAUGUAACACCUCUAAUCCAUCACAUCUCUCAGUUAAAGACCAGCCUUGUCCUAUUGGGUCUCCAUCAAGUUCUGAAGAAGAACAGAAGAGAUUAGAAAGAAUACAACGUCAGAAAGAAAAACAACUGAAAUAUCAAGAAUUACGAAAGAGAGCUAGUAGUAGUAAUACAACUCAAGAUAAUAUAGAAUCAACUAAACUUGGGUUACCAAUAGCAACAUCCACGCCAUUUGUAAGUGGUAGAACUAGUCCAACGUUUCCUCUACGUGAAACAAACAAUCAAUAUCCCCCAGUCUCCAGUGAUGCUGAAAAUGGUGGCUCAUUUCUUCAUCCUAAACAAUUAUCUAAAAGAGAUGAACCUCAGGAUACUGUACAGUUAGUUGAUGCCGAUAAUUUUGAAGAUGAAAUAUGGAGUCAAGCAGACUAUAUGAUGGAGGAGAAUAUUGGUGGUUAUGACAGUGAGAAUGGUAGACAUCAUGGAGGAAAGAAUCGUAGUAAACCACGUACUAGAGCUCCUACAGGUUCAGGAGAUUUACUGUUGAAGAGAAGAAAGCUGUCUGGUCCUAUACACAGAUAA